GGCCGUGUUCUGUGUAUUCAAUCAACCUAUAGAUCACAGAGGUCUCAAGAAGCCAUGAGUGACGGGCUGCCUAUGAAUUUGAAGCUGCUUUUGAUAGGCAACUCCAGUGUCGGCAAAUCAUCCCUUCUGCUCCGAUUCACCGAUGAUGAGUUUUUAUCUGAUGAAGAGACAUCCGCAACGAUAGGAGUGGACUUCAAGGUCAAGAGCAUAGAAGUGGAAGGAAGGAGAUACAAGCUGUCCAUAUGGGACACAGCGGGUCAAGAAAGAUUCAGGACUCUCACGUCGAGCUAUUAUCGAGGAGCUCAGGGUGUUGUCCUUGUAUAUGACGUCUCGUCCCGUCAAAGCUUUGACGAGUUGCUCAAGUGGUUCACUGAGAUUGAUAUACAUUGUGGUGAAGGAGUGGUGAAGAUGCUCGUGGGAAACAAGGUCGACAAGGAGGCUUCACGGCAGGUGACAACGGAUGAAGGGAAGACAUUUGCAGAGAGGAUGGGGACGCUAUUCAUAGAAUGCUCCGCAAAGACACGCGUGGGAGUCAUGGAGGCUUUCCAAGAGCUCGUCAUGAGAAUAUUAGAUACUCCGUCUUUGUGGAACAGGAACUCGAAUGGGAUCAGGGCAGAUAAUGGCACAAUACAGCCAGGUAAUGAGAGUUCUGGACUAUUAGGGGGUUGUUCUUGUUAGCCAUAAGCCAAGUUCGCGGAUCGUCUGUACCAAAUCGUUGCUCUUGCUUAGUGUUGUAUUGCACGAACGUCAAUUUCCAUAUGAGACCCAGCUGGGUGCUCUGAGGCGGAAUGAUAUACAUACAGGGUCCAACUCUCCAUCGUUACGAUUGCCGGAG